AUGCGGCAAUCUACUAUUCGUCAAUUGCUGGCACAGCGCUCUCAGCUGCCUUGCUGCAGAAGUUCAAUCCGUCGCUAUCAUGACCAACGCUUCACCCCGGAACGUCUGGAGUCAUUGUCAACUCUAUGUCGCAAACCCCGUCCGUCGCCUGUCUCGGCUCGAAAGCUACCAAUUCCUACUACUUCGCACAUUCACUCCUCAGCAGAACGAUCGGUCGCGCUAGAUAUAAAAACCCCCAACCCUGCGACACAUUACACGCCGCCACAAACGGGCUUAGUUGCUUCGUUGCCCUCCUCAUGGAUUCCCUAUGCCGAAUUAGUCCGUCUGGAUAAGCCUACGGGCACAUAUUAUCUAUUCUUCCCAACCCUUUUCUCCACACUCCUCGCUGCUCCCAUGGCCACCGAUACCACUCCAUUGCAAGUCCUGGGCACCGUCGGCCUUUUCUUCACCGGAGCCUUGAUCAUGCGUGGUGCAGGAUGUGCCAUUAACGACCUGUGGGAUAGAAACUUCGACCCGCAUGUGGCACGCACCAAAUUCCGUCCAAUUGCUCGAGGGGCGAUCUCCCCAUCCAAGGCUUUGGCCUUUACAGCCACACAAUUCUUUGCUGGGUUGGGGAUACUACUACAAUUCCCUAUUCAGUGUCUCUGGUAUGGGGUUCCGAGUGUACCCCUUGUGCUAGCCUACCCUCUAGCCAAGCGGGUUACAAAUUAUCCUCAGCUAGUCUUGGGAUUUGCCUUCUCAUGGGGUGCAAUGAUGGGCUUCCCAGCAUUGGGGGUAGAUCUAAUGGUCAAUCAUGAUGCUCUCAUGGCCGCGGGAGCCUUGUAUACAAGUUGCAUUGCGUGGACAGUUCUGUACGAUAUGAUAUAUGCGCAUAUGGAUAUUAAAGAUGAUGUGGCCGCGGGAAUUAAAUCAAUCGCCCUGCGCCAUGAACAUAACACCAAGGCCGUCUUGUCAGGCCUAGCCGUCACUCAGGUGGGUCUCCUUGGAGCUGCCGGAGUCGCCGCAGGCUGUGGCCCCAUCUUCUUCAUUGGAAGUUGUGGCAGUGCCAUCGCUUCCCUGGGCAUUAUGAUCUGGAAGGUUCAGCUCAAGAAUGUCUCAAAUUGCUGGUGGUGGUUUAAGAACGGAUGCUUGCUGACCGGUGGGGGGAUCAGCUUGGGUCUGCUGGGUGAGUAUUCCGCGCAAUACUUCGGCUUGUACGAAAGCACUGAACUGCCUGAUUCUGAACCGACAAAGUGA